AGUUACCUUAGACACACAAAGAAUAAUAAAGCACAUAGGAAUAAAAAAGGGAAGACAGAGGAGCUGUGUGUAUUAUCUCUAACAUUUAAUACUCCCAGAGGAGCUACCAGACGAAUCAACUCUCUCCGCCUCCCUCUUCUCUCCCCUUUGCUCUCCUCCUCUGCCUCACCCAGCACUCACACCCAUCCAUGAGUGUGACCAACUCUUCUGCCUAUCGAUCGGAGCGUAGUUUCCACCAGACUUCAUCUUCAUCCUCAUCCUCUGGUAACCCAUACAUGGAGAAAAGCCGGGGACUGUUUGCUGAGGACUUUGGCUCCUUCAUGAGGCCUGGAAGCGACGCCUUGGGGUUUUCCAGUGGAGCUGGAAACAUUAAAACUCUCGGGGAUUCGUACCAGUUCACAGUUGACGUGCGAGACUUCUCCCCUGAAGACGUCAUUGUCACCACAUCCAACAACCAGAUAGAAGUUCACGCGGAAAAGUUGGCCCAGGACGGUUCAGUGAUGAACACAUUCACCCACAAGUGCCAGCUACCUGAGGAUGUAGACCCCACCUCAGUGACGUCAUCACUGGACGCAGAGGGAACCCUAACAGUCCGGGCCCGGCGACACCCAGCCAAACACGAGCUCGUACAGACCUUCCGCACCGAGAUCAAGAUCUAGAGAACACCAGAUUUCUUGUGUUUUUUUUAUGCAACUUCCUUGAUUUCCUGUCUUCACUGAAACCAUUCUACAUGUAACACUCACACUGUGCGCCGUAAAACCAACCACGUCCUCCCUCUGAGUCUGCAACUCAUUUAAAGUCUGAGAUAGUUCACCAGACACAGCUGCAAUAGGUCAUAGCUGCAAAUAACAGGCUGAGACGUAGAAGCUUGGACAUGUACAGCAUUUGGACAAGCAUACACUGUACUGAUCAGUCCAGUACUUCACUUGUGUUGUAUAACACAGUUCGACAACUUAUCUAAGUUAGAACUUAACAAAAUUCUGAAUUUUAAAAUUGAUGGUUUCUCAUUAAUAAUUUAUUCUGUUGCAUUAUUUGUGUGAAUAAAAUACUCAUUCUUUGACAAUAAACAUGCUGAUGCCUUCUGUUUCCCAUUCAGCCUGAUACAUGUGGUUUGGGGAAAGAGCUCAAUCACUUUGUAUUAGUUGAUACUGAUUCCAAUAUUCCUAUACUCAUUAUUUUAUCUGCCCUCUGGUUAGUGGACGACCCCUUCUGCCUCCCAAGCAACCGAAAUUAAGCAUGAACAUAUGAAACUCAAUGGACCCUAUGAUAAACCUCACACUUUUCUUUUUGACAGAGUUAGAUCUUUCUGGUCAUCACUGAUUUUACAUUCCAGUAAAUUAAACCUAUUCUUUUCAGAAAUUUUGAUUGACCUGGUUGCAAUUUUCUACACCAUACAUCCAGGCAGUUUGAAGAUGGAUGAGCUGUGAGCAUCAUGUGGCAAACUCCUCUUACAAUCAAUAGAGACAGAGCUGCAUUCAACUACCCUUCAGAUAAUGGGAGGUGCUUCUAUUCAGUCUUUUGUGUAUCAAGGCAUUUCCAAAGCAUCUGUCCUGAUUUUAUGAGAAAAGAUUUUCAAAGGCACCAUUCAAGCAAAAAUAAUUUGGAAGCCUUUUGUUAUGUGGCUAUAAUUUUGCUCCUCUGUUUUGUGCUGUGGCCUUUGCAUUUUGGUGCACUUCAUUCAGAUAGUGAAGGUAAAGAUGAUUGUGCAUCAUUAUUUAGAAAGCAUAAAUUACACUACUUUCAUAUUUCUUUUCAAAGACAGCCUGGGAAGAGUUAACUAGUUUUGUGUGUGUUUACUAUUAGGCACCUCUUAUUUCUCAUUUAUUUUUGAAUCUCAAAUAUUCUUGGUGGAAUUUAGUCAGAUCUGAUCUCAAAUCUGAACUGUAACACACACUUAUAUUCUACAAACAGUUAAUUAUCUAUUGGUAAAUAUCACACACAUCAAGCGUGAGUGCUUUUAAGAAGUUUGUAAAAUGUAUUGGUUCUACCCAAAUGUAGUUUUUAUUAAUGUAAUUGGCGACCAUGCUUAAAUUUCUGGCACAAGUUUAUUGUUUUUAUUCUUUUAGUUAUUCCUUGAUAACUGAGUUUUUAUGCUUUUUUACUUGCACUGUGUAACUAGGUUUUGUCAUAACUUUGUUUUGAACUACAACUCUGUGGCCUCACAUUUUUGGGGGAAAGCUUUAAUCAUAUCAUAUAAAUUACACUCCUCAUACAGUCUUUUUUUGUCUGGGUUGAUACUUCUACUUUCUUGUUUGAUAAGAUAAGAAGUCCUUAAACAGUCCCAUAAUGGGGAAAUUUGCAGUGUUACAGCAGCAAGAGUCAAAAAGACAUCAGCAAGUAAUAAGUAACAUGCAAUACCUAAGUGUAAGGAAUAUAAACACAUAUAGAAACUAGUAUAUACAGUGUAAAGACAGGAAGAAAUAUAUGCAGUGUGAGGAUUUUUAAAGUGACUUAACUGCACAUGAACUGUUUAUAUUGCACAGAUGAAUAUAGCAAAGCGAAUAUUGCACAGUUGACAUCUGAUAUGUAAUAAUUUCCAGAUGUUAAUGCUGUGCUUUUUGUUAUUUUGAGUUUGUGUUCUUCUAUGUAUUGUGAAUGCUAUUUUAAUUUAAUAAAAAACAAU